AUGUCUCAACAAUCAAAUGAACAAGGCUCUUCUUCUCACGAGAAGAAACGGUUGCCAUCAUCUUCAGUUGACCUUAUUAAAAGUAAGAAGAAGAAACAUACCCCAAAGGAAGUGGAAGUCCUUAAAGCUGAACACUAUAAUUCUGUAAAGCAAGUUCUUCAGCUAUUGAAAUCCAAGAGCAGUCAAACUGAGGCUUCCACUUCAGUAACCAAGAAUCAAAAGAAAAGGUCAUCAAAGAAGAAGACUGAUUUGCCUGAUGUCACUGUUCCGCACAUCAGACUCAUUCUGGAGAAUGUCAGUGCUCGGUUGAAGGACGAAACAUUGCAAGAUGAGUCCGGUCAAUUACCACCUCCAUUGGAAAUCAAAAAGGCUUUAAAAACAAAGCAACAAUUGAUUGACUGUCUCACUAAUUACCCACAAUAUGAGACCAUCAUGACGGUGUUGCAACAGAUCCUAAAUAACCUCCAGCUGAAAGUGUUUAUUGAGAAUCAUGUUCUUUCUACCACUGAAAAAGUGACAUGUAAUCCUUCUCACGUUCGUUCGAUUUGUUUAGGAAGUAGAAAAGAGUCCCAGCUCAUUCAUGUUGCCAAUGCCACCACCAAUCCGGCGUUGAAUGCACAAAAGUCAGACUGCUUAAUUGUUACCAUUACAAAAGUCUUACCAGAAGCCAUGAAACUGGUCACAUCUCUUCCCGACGAGUUUCAUGUAAACUCGUUGCAUGAAUGGAGUAUGGACUGUAUGGUGUGGGAUAAGAGUGAACCAUUAAUCACAUCUCAAAACUUUUUCAAUGCAAACACCAACCAAUUAGUAUUACCUUCUGUUGAAAAUGAUUUGUUCAAGCAGAAUAAUUCUGCAGCCUGCUAUAUGGAUGUGUUGAAUUCUUCUACUGUGAUUCAAAAGGAUCCCUUGUCCAUGAUCUUUACCUCUCAAAAAGAUAUGGUCGUGCCUGCAUUCUCCACUCAAAAAGAUCUGUCUGAAGUGGUAUUGCCUCAAUCCAUGCAAUCUCAACCACCAAUGCAAUUUCAACCGUCAGUACAACUGUCAGUGCAAUCUCAACCCUUGGCUUCUUCAUCAUUUCAGAAAGACCCGACCAACACCACAAUACUCUCUUCUCAAACUGAUGUUUUGACUCCAGUCUUCUCCUCUUCAGUGGGCUCACAUUCCACCAUUCCAACGAUCCAUGAAUUUGAAGAAUUGAAAAAGAAGUAUGAAAGAAUUGUCGACAUUAAUCAUGGUCUCCAAUUCAAUAUGAAAAGGAUUCAACGAGAAUUGGAACAAGAGAAGGAAGAACGAAUCAAGUUGCAAUCCAAGGUUGAUCAGCAUCCCGAGAGAAUGAAUACCGUUCGUGAUAACUUGUGUAAGAUGUAUGUUGAUCUUGGAAAUAUUAUAACCUCCAUGUCUAACACAACAACCAUUAUAAUUGGGGACGAGAAGAAGGAAGUGGCCUCAGACGAAUUUGUUAAUUUUUGUAAGAGGAACCAAUUUGGCAAGUGUGUGUAG